AUGUCGACACAUAUUGAUGUAAAACAUGUUAUAGUGGGUGCCCAAUCUUCUUCCGGAACUCCUCUUGAUAAUCCCACGCCAGCAGCAACACCUUCUCCAGUAAUUUGUUAUUAUUAUGUUAUUCACAUAAAGGAGACACUAACGCACGUCAAUCCUAAUCAGAUGUCCAUAGGACCAUUAACAAAAAGUUCUUUUGCAACGGUUUCGGAAAAUUUUGAACGUUCUUAUUAUCAUGAUACACCACAAAUACCAACAACUCCUUGUAAUACUUCUUAUUAUCGUGUUGAGAAAAAAAUUACAAGAACAUCCUACAACUAUACCGGCCAAGAAAUAGGGCAACCAAAAAUAAAAACAAAAACAUCAACCAUUUAUGUAGGCAACCCGUCUAAUGUCGAUCACAAUGGCAUCUGUAUUAUUAAUAUUGAUGUCGAUAAUGACAGCCAUCUUGAUAACACCUAUAUUGAUGACAACCAUUCUGAUAACACCUACAACCAUCUUGGCAUUGAUCUCAACAAUUAUACACAUGGUUCAGUCUACCCAUUUCAAUCUCCUUCUGCAGCUCCUUUUGAUGAUUUUCGCGAUAACUCCACGUUAACAGUAGCACCAUUUGAUUCUUAUUAUAAUCCCAUGCAGACAACAACUUUUUCUUCAAUUCCUGAUCAUUAUCUUAUUAGCAUAGAGGAAAGGGCAACGCCUUUCAAUUCUAAUGACAUGCCUACAGGGCAAUCAACAACAGAAACUUCAUAUGCAAAGUUUUCAGCAAAUUUUGAACAUUCUUAUGAUCGUGGUAGCUCUAUAUCAACAGCAAAUUCCUUUGCAACUUCUUCAUUGAUUCCUUCCUAUUGUUGUGUUAAGAAAGAAAUUACGAAAACACUUUACAAGUCUAAUCCUACUGAACAAGUCGGACCACCAAAAACUGAAAAUUUAACAUUUUAUGUUAUCAUAUAA